AUGGCCAAAAAGCUCAUCAUGAGAUUCGUGACUUUCUUCUUCCUCAUUCUCUCCACAACAAAAUCAGCUUCAAUGCCUUCCUACAACAUCACCGACUUCGGCGCAAAGCCCGACGGCCUGACCGAUUCGGCCAAGCCGUUUCUCGCCGCAUGGUCCAAAGCCUGCUCCUCCACAAAACCAGCCUCCAUUUUCAUCCCUUCCGGCACCUUUUUCCUCAGCCGAGCGGAAUUCUCCGGUCCAUGCAAGAGCGUCGGAAUGCGAAUAUUUGCCUAUGGAGCCACCGUCGUCGCUUCCUCCGACUACGGCAGCGCCGCCGCCACCUGGAUUACUUUCCGGCAGGUCAAAGGCCUUUCCAUUUACGGAGGGAAAUUCAACGGCCGAGGAAAGCCUCUCUGGGCUUGUAAGAUGGCCGGCGGAAACUGUCCCACCGGUGCACCGGUCAGUUUUAGCUCAGGGAUAAAGAUAAUCGGGGUGUCCUUCAAGAACAUAAUGGGAACAUCAGCGACAAAGAUAGCAGUGAAAUUGGACUGCAGCGAAAGCAAUCCAUGCAGCGGAAUCGGAUUGGAUAACAUAGAUCUGACCUAUGGGCAGAAGAAAAUGGCAGCGCAGUCAUUCUGUAGGAAUGCUAAUGGAAGAAGCUCCGGCCUCGUUAUUCCUCCCAGCUGCUUCUAG